AUGGAAGGGAACAAUAGUAGUAGCUGUAGAAAAAUGGAUAUGGAUCGGAUCAAGGGCCCGUGGAGCCCGGAAGAGGACGAGCUCUUGCAGCAGCUGGUGAAGAAGCACGGGCCGAGGAAUUGGUCCCUCAUCAGCAAAUCCAUCUCCGGCAGAUCCGGCAAGAGCUGCCGCCUCCGGUGGUGCAACCAGCUCUCCCCCCAGGUGGAGCACCGAGCCUUCACGCCGGAGGAGGACGAGACAAUCAUCCGGGCCCACGCCAGGUUCGGCAACAAAUGGGCCACCAUAGCCCGCCUACUUUCGGGCCGGACCGACAACGCCAUCAAGAACCACUGGAACUCCACUCUCAAGCGCAAGUGCUCCUCCCUCAGCUCCGAGGACGGCACCGACUUACUGGUUCGACCCGACAGGCCGUUGAAGAGAUCCGUCAGCGCCGGGUCGGGCGUCCCAGUUUCGGGCCUGUAUUUGAGCCCGGGAAGCCCGUCCGGUUCCGACGUUAGCGACUCGAGCCUGCCGUUCAUCUCGCCCGUUUUCAAACCGGUCGCGAGAACCGGCGGCGUUCUGAUCGAACCGGCGUCUUCCGCCCCCGAGCCGGCGACCAGCCUGAGCCUUUCCCUUCCCGGUGUCGAGCCGGCCGAAUCAUCUCAACCGAAAACCGGUCAGAUCAAGAUGCUGCCGAUUCUGCCCACCGCGCCACCGCCCCCGGUACCGCCGAACGCCGUGCCGGCGGUCGCCCCCGAGAAUCUGCCUCAAAGUCCUCCGAUUGCCGGCGUAUCCGGGUUUGCGCCGCCUCCGCUGCCGCCGCCGGCGGCGGUGGAGCAGAAGGCGGACAAGGUUUUCGUGCCGUUCAGCAGGGAGCUGAUGGCGGUGAUGCAGGACAUGAUACGGGCGGAGGUGAGGAGUUACAUGAUGGAACAGCAGCAACGCCAUCACCAUCCACAGCAACAGCAGCUAUAUAUCAAUCAUCGUCAUCUUCAACAACAACAGCAGGCUAACGUGAACGAAGGGUUCAGAAACGCCGCUCUUAAUCGACUUGGGCUCAGCAGGAUCGAUUGA